CAUAGAGCUUCUUCUUUAACACCCAACACAUCAUUUUCUUCCAAUCCAUCCAUCUUGUUCUUCCUCUUUAGCUCAUAUGGAAAACUCAAUGAAUUCCGCAAGAGAAGGAAUCUCUUAUGGUGAAAGAACAAGUGAUCAUGAGUCUCAAGAUCUGGAGAGUGGGUGGACUAUGUACUUUGAAGAUUUCUUCAACAAUAAUAACAGCAACAAUGAUCAAGAGAUUGAAGAUCUUGAUUAUUGCACUCAUGAAAGCUCCUCUCUAGUAUCCGACGCAGCUUCUUCGAUCACGAAAAGAUUUACUUCUAAUGAUCAGCAAGAUGUUGUUGGGAUACCAAUAAUGGAGCAACGAUCAUACAAUAGAUCAUUGAGCUUCAAGAAGAGAAAAACUAAAGGUGGUUUGGUUGAUGAUGCCUUGGAAGAUACUGCUAGUUCUCCUGUCAGUAGUCUCAAGGUUUAUAGCAUGAUGAACAAGUUGGAAAACCCAAAAGAGAAACACAGUUUGAAGAAUUGUAUUCAGGAGAAAGGAAGCACUACUUCAAGGAAUAUAAAUGUCCAUGGGAGAGAUAGUGAGGUCUCAUGCACAGAAUUGAAGAAAAGGGGUCUUUGUUUAGUUCCUUUGUCUAUGGUACUCAAUCAUCUUGGUUGAGCAAAUUUUAUGUUUCUUUUUCUGUUAUCUCCCUAGGUAGCUCUCUAUGAAUCAUGACUUGUAGCCUUAAUUCCAUGAACAAAUGAUGUUGUUACUGCAUAUAUAUUCAUGUAUGUAUACAUAUAAUGAGAUUAAGACCCUUCAUUAAAUGGAUCAUAUAUAUUUCAUUGACAAAAAAA